AUGGUGGAAUUGAAAGGGGGAACUAGGCCGCCAUGGGUGGGACUUGGAGCUGCAGUUUGGGUGCAAGUAGCAGCUGGAAAUGGCUACAAUUUUCCGCUGUAUUCUCAUUCAUUAAAAUCGGUUCUAGGAUUCAACCAGCGGCAACUCACUAUACUUGGAGUGGCAAAUGAUAUAGGUGAAAACAUGGGGAUCCUCCCUGGUUUGGCCUGCAACAAGUUCCCACCUUGGGUGAUUCUGUUGAUCGGUUCUGUUUCUUGUUUUUUGGGCUAUGGAGUCCUCUGGCUUGCACUCAGCCUUACUGUUCACUCCUUGCCUUAUUGGCUGUUGUGGGUUGCUUUAUGCAUUGCGACAAAUAGCACUGCUUGGUUUGGCACGGCAGUGCUCGUGACUAAUAUGAGAAACUUCCCACUUAGUCGUGGAACAGUUUCUGGCAUUAUCAAAGGAUAUGCAGGGCUUGGUGCUGCUGUUUAUACCGAAAUUUACAGUGUAAUGCUUCAUGAUUCUUCGGCUAAGCUAUUAUUGUUCUUGGCACUCGGGAUUCCUGCUAUAUGCCUUUUGAUGAUGUAUUUUGUUAGGCCUUGUACUCCAGCUUCUGGUGAUGAUUCUUCGGAACAAUGCCAUUUUCUCUUCAUCCAAGCUGCUAGUAUCGUGCUCGGCAUAUAUGUGCUUACUACUACCAUAUUGGAUGAUGUGCUCACUUUAAGUGCUCCUGUUUCCUAUACUUUUCUCGUUGUUAUGGUUCUCCUUCUCAUGGCUCCACUUGCCAUUCCCAUAAAGAUGACUUUCUAUCCCUCCAACAACAACAAAUCUGCCAAACUCGGCCAACGGGUCGGACCAGCAAAUUCUUCAGAUCAGGAAAAUAGCAAUACGGAUAACAUGGAACCGCUUUUGACGCCAUCUUCAUCUGCGGCUAACCUUGGAAGUUUUCAUGACAAUGACGACAUGACUGAUGUGGAUAUGCUUCUUGCUGUAGGAGAAGGUGCAAUAAGGAGGAAAAAGAGGAAACCUAGAAGAGGAGACGAUUUCAAGAUCACUGAAGCUUUGAUCAAAGCAGACUUCUGGCUUCUGUUCUUGAUAUCCUUUGUUGGGGUUGGCACUGGCAUUACUGUUCUGAAUAACCUGGCACAGAUAGGAAUAGCUCAAGACAUGAACGAUACAAAGAUCCUGUUAGCCCUCUUCAGCUUCUGCAGUUUUGUCGGCCGCAUUGGUGGAGGUGUGGUUUCUGAAUAUUACGUCAGAUCAAAAGCAAUCCCCAGAACAGUUUGGAUCAUACUUGCACAAGUAAUAAUGGUAGUGACAUACCUUCUCUUUGCUUCAGCUCUUGAUGGUACUCUUUACGCUGCAACGUUGUUGCUUGGAAUCUGCUAUGGCAUUCACGCGUCUAUCAUUGUCCCAACAGUCUCUGAGCUUUUUGGCCUUAAACACUUUGGCAUUAUUUCGAAUUUCAUGGGACUGGGCAAUCCAAUUGGUGCAUAUCUAUUCUCGGGUUUACUUGCUGGAUAUCUGUAUGAUAAAGAGGCAGCGAAGCAACAUUCUGCUACUUGCUUGGGUCCAGAUUGCUUUAGGCUCACCUUUCUGAUUAUGGCCAGUGUCUGCUGUGUUGGCUCUGCGCUUAGCAUUGUUUUGACAUGGCGGAUAAAACCCGUUUAUCAAAUGCUGUAUGCUGGAGGAUCCUUCAGGUUACCUCAAAGUUCUAACCACUAA